AUGUUCUACAAACAUUCAAAUGAAGGUAAAGUAGCCAUCUUAAUUGUGUAUGUUGACGAUAUUGUGUUAACUGGGGAUGAUUGCAAUGAACUAGAGAAGCUGAAAGGGAAACUUGCUGAGGAAUUUGAGACUAAGGACCUGGGGGCAUUAAAAUACUUUCUUGGGAUGGAGUUUGUUAGGUCCAAAGAAGGUAAUCAACGGAAGUAUGUUCUUGAUCUUCUUGAUGAGACAGGUAUGUUAGGAUGUAAGCCUGCUGAAACACCUAUAGAGCUGAAUGUAAAACUGCAACCUACAAAAGCCAAGAAUGUGAAGGACCGGGAUCGUUAUCAGAGACUUGUUGGGAGAUUGAUUUACCUAUCCCAUACACACCCUGACAUAGCAUUCUCAGUGAGUAUGGUUAGUCAGUUUAUGCAUGCGCCUGGACCAGAGCAUUUUGAAGCUGUUUACAGGAUUCUAAGGUAUCUAAAAGGGACACCAAGUAGAGGUCUUUUGUUCAAGUCACGAGGACACCUACAAAUUGAAACCUACACCGAUGCAGACUGGGCUGGAAGUAUAGUGGAUCGAAGGUCCAUCUCUGGGUGCUGUUCAUUUGUAGGUGGCAACUUGGUUACGUGGCGAAGUAAAAAACAGAACGUGGUUGCUAGAAGUAGUGCUGAGGCAGAGUUUAGAGUUGUAGCUCAUGGUAUUUGUGAGAUUAUGUGGAUAAGAAGAUUACUGGAAGAGUUAAAGAUGACAGGUUCAUCUCCUAUGAAGUUGUAA